UUCUCUAGAGCUGUGUGAAUAAAUUCUUCAGCCAUGGAUGUGUUCAUGAAAGGACUUUCCAAGGCAAAGGAGGGAGUCGUAGCAGCAGCAGAAAAAACCAAGCAGGGUGUGGCAGAAGCGGCAGGAAAGACGAAAGAGGGCGUCCUCUAUGUGGGUUCCAGGACCAAGGAAGGAGUUGUUCAGGGUGUCACAACAGUGGCUGAGAAGACCAAAGAGCAAGUGUCUAAUGUUGGGGGAGCUGUGGUGACAGGAGUGACGGCGGUGGCCCAGAAGACAGUGGAAGGAGCAGGGAACAUUGCUGCAGCCACUGGCUUGGUGAAGAAGGAUCAGUUGGCCAAACAGAAUGAAGAAGGUUUCCUGCAGGAGGGAAUGGUGAAUAAUACAGAUGUUCCUGUGGAUCCUGAGAAUGAGGCUUACGAAAUGCCUCCAGAGGAAGAGUACCAAGACUAUGAACCUGAAGCAUGAGAGUCCUUCCCUUCCUUUAUAUCUCCUGAAAUCUACUAACUACUAAAGACGUCCCAUCCUGUACAAGUGCUGAGUUCCAAUGUGCCCAGUCGUAAAAUUUUUUUACAGUUUUUACGGUGUAUUUUGAAGUCUUCCAUCAGCAAUGAUUGGAGUAUCUGUGACUGCAUCCACCUUGUUUCAGCAUUUCCCUCCUGCUGAAAUGAAAGGUAGUUGGCAGGGUCAUUGUUGUGCUGUGGAUAUUGUGGCUUCAAGUUUAAAAGUUAAAAAAGAAAAUAUUUAAGUAAAAACACCUAAGUGUCUACUGCUUAUUUCUAACUCUGUACAUGUUUUGUUGAUAGCCUGUCAGUAAUUUGAUAUUGUUUAUGAUACAAUUUUUAUUUGUUUCCUAUGACUAUUCUUUCUGUGCAGAGAUGACUUAUUGUGAGAGCUUUAUAUAUAUGUGUAUGUAUUAUACAUAUAAAAAAAAGUAAUUGAGCAUGAACUAUGCACCUAUAAAUAUUAGCUGUUGAAAUUUUAUUGUUUCGUGAUGUGUUUUAUUAACUUGUGUCUGUAAAUAAUGGUGUUCAACUGAAGCGAAUAAAAUGUAACCCAUUAAAAAUGAA